AUGGAGAUGUCCGAGGAACUCUUUGUUUCCUUACCGAAAGGCUGUAAGAUCUGUUAUCAGACAUUCGGCAACCCUUCAGACCCAGCCAUAAUCAUUAACUCGGGAUUCGGAAUGUCUAUGACACAAACAUCUAAUGCGUUUGUCCGAUUGCUUAAUCCACCGGACCAUCCUCACUUUAUUGUCCAAUUCGAUUAUCGAGAUACUGGCCGUUCGACGUCUUUUCCCGAGCCACCUUACGGAGAGCGUGCCUACACGUUCGAUGAUAUAGUCGACGAUAUCGUCGGCCUUAUAAACCAUCUGAAGCUUGAGCGUGUACACGUAAUAGGUACUAGCAUGGGCGGACCAGUUUCCUGGCUAACAGCUGCUCGGCUGCCCGACAUCGUUGAGAGUCUGGCUCUCAUCUUCACGAGCCCGGUAGGGCGCAUACAGGAUGAGAAAGACAAUUUGCCAUCGCUGCAGAUGGAGGGACACUAUAUACUCACUGACGCGUUUGACCCACCCACGGAUAGGGAUGAUCACGAGGGCUGGAUCAAAACAUAUACGACGAUGUCUCUCGCCAUGGCGACGAAACCGCCUACCGAAGAAGAGAGGGCCGAAGCGAGACGCAUGUCCGAGAUAACGUACUAUCGUGAGCGGGAGAGCGGGACGAUGUGGAGUAAGACGAAUCAUGGGGAUGCGGCGGGCGUGAGAUGGCCUAGGGAGGCGCUUAAGCUUGUUAAAUGUCCGACUGUCGUUAUCCACGGGGCUAAGGAUCAACUGUUCUCGGUAGACCACGCAAAGGCUCUGAGAGAUGGCGUAGAGGGAGCAACGUUGGUUAUUAUUGACGAUUACGGGCACGAGUUGCCGCACCGGGCUCUGAAGCCCGUUACGGACGCGAUCCUUGCCAACGCGAAGAAGGGAGAACAGAUGAAGGCAGCUAAGAAGUAA